AUGGCAACCGACGCUUGCGAACGGUGGUUCCGAAGGGUACACUGGGUGAUGGUGGUGCCCGGUUUGAUCUACAUGAUGUACGGCUCGGUGUGGAAUCUGCUCAACAACUACCUUUACAACCCGCUCACCUUCUACGUUGACACCGCCCACCUGCAGUGGAACACAACCUUCCCGGCGGUCACCCUGUGCCAGGUGGUCAACACCGAAACCAUCGCCGAGCUAAGUGAAAGUUACUUCGGCGAGCUGCGCGACCCGCUCGUCGACAGUCUCGUGACGGAUAUCGCGUUCUACGGGGGCGCCUGCUACGCCUGUGAUCAGUGCCUCGCCGAGUCAGGCAGUCUCGACUGCGGUGCCCUGCGCAACUUCUCCGACAUCCUGCACCGCUACCGGGCACCUUGCGAGGCCCUGCUCAGCGACUGCCACUGGCAGUCGCAGCCGCUCGACUGUUGCCUACUGUUCCGGCCGCUGGACACCGAGUUCGGGCGGUGCUACGGGGCAAAUGCGGCCAACGCCGCCCCGGUUCCACCCGGUACUCCCGUGCCGCCGAAACUGGUCAGCAACCGGGUGACCGGGCCGGGCGGGCUCCACUUUCGGGUGCUGGAAGACGUGCAGCUGUAUCUGCACGACGAGUACAGUGUGCCGCACACGUACGUGGAGCGCACGCUGCGCGAAACCGUCCUCUGGGGGAUGCGCAAGGAGAUCGUCGUGCGGACGAUCGAGAUGCAGAACCGCGAAUCGGUGCACGAUCUGCCGAUCGAGCGGCGCAACUGCCGCUUCCCGUCCGAGAUUGCCGAUCACGAUGGCCAGCUGUACUCGUUUUACAGCUUUUCGUCCUGCGCGGUCGAGUGCUUCGCACGGACACAGCGCGACUACUGCAACUGCACGCACCACUUGAUGCCGCGACCGCUGCACCACGAAACGCCCCCGUCAAGCAUCUGCUCCUUCGAGGGGCUCGCCUGCCUGACCGAACACUCGGUCGAGAUCGCCCACGCGCGCAAGCAGUGCCCCUGUCUGUCGUCCUGCGUCGAGCCGGAGUACUUCGUGGUGCACAAGACGGAAAACGAUUUCGCCGCCGACACCGAGGAUGGGCUGGUGACGGUGCGCCUGCUGUCGCUACCGUACGAGCGCUUCGUGCGCAACAUCGCCAAGACGGAUAUGGAUCUGUUCAUCGCCCUCGGCGGACUGAUUGGCCUGUUUUUCGGGGCCUCCCUGCUGACGGCUAUCGAUUUUCUGCUCAACCUCUGCUACCUUACGGCGUUCCGGGCGCGGUGCAACCGCAGAAGCGUCACCAUGCCGACCCGGCGAACAUUCCGACGCAAGCGGCUGUCUGGCGCGGGCGCAAGUGGCACGUGGCGCCCGAUCCAGGUGACGAUUGGCCCGGAAACGGGAAGCACUGGAGCGGCAACCGGACAGCCCGGAACAUAG